AGUUUACUUCCAUCCACUUGGCUGUGCAGACAAAACUCCAGCUCACACUAUAUUGGCACUUCUUGAGACGAUUGUAUCAGAGAAAGUGGUUUUGUCUGUGAUUUCUGCCCACUCUCGUAAGCUCCGUGUUUAGUGUCAAGUGACGAAAUUCACCUGAUGAUGACCAGGUGCACGUAGGCAUACGGAUUUAAACACCAAAAAUUCGACAAACUCUUUCAAAUACCGCGAAAAAUUGGCAUAAAGUUCAUUAUAAAUUGAACUUCUUACAUAGUCAGAAAGAAUGAUUAACCAUCAAAUUAAGCUUGAAAUAUGAGUGUCUCGGAGGUGUAAAAACAUGUACAGUUCACCAGAGAAAAGGGGAUUCUUGGUGAUUGAUGCACUUCCGUGAAUGCUUCAGGCUGCAUAUACAAUGGCAAGCAGCUUCCGUGAUAGUUUCACGAUCUUCAUCGCAAAAUGCCAGGCAUGCCUUCAAUCAUCCUAUGUGACGGUGUUGUGUGAAAAAUUCGUUCAUUUUGCGCGAUUUUGAUGGUGACUAAAAGUUCUAAAGGAUAUUGCUCCUUAGAAAAACAAAAAAACUCUUUAAUGAGUGUAGAUCAAAGUGAUUUACGUGUAAAUAGGUCGUAGAAUAGGCAUAAAACUAUGACAAUUCCCGUAGUUUCUGUGGGUGCUACUGUAGUAAAAGCUAUCCCCAAGAUAGUACCGGCUCUAGGCGCUGCCAAGGGAGCCGUUGCUGCCCUUGGUGGCGCCGCAUCAACCGUAGUAGGUGUCGGUAAAUCUGUGAUUGGGAUUGGAACUGCAGCCAAAGCAUUCGGUGGAGCUCUAACUGCAGCAGCUGGAAUUGGAGGUCUUGGAAAACUAGCUAUUCUCCCUAUCCUUAUUUCAUCCCUCAUCUUUUACAACUAUGACCUCUUCGAUCCUGAAAAUCGACCAUUCAACGUCAAGAAUGUCGAUCAAGAAUAUGACUUUAUUAUUGUUGGUGGUGGAUCUGCUGGAUCAGUUAUGGCAUCCCGACUGUCAGAAGUGUCCGGAUGGAAGGUCCUACUUCUCGAAGCUGGUGGCCAUGAAACAGAAAUCUCAGAUGUCCCCAUUCUUUCUCUCUACCUUCACAAAAGCAAAUUGGAUUGGAAAUACAGAACACAACCACAGAAAAGUGCUUGUCAAGCAAUGGUAGAUCAGAGAUGCUGUUGGACACGAGGAAAAGUUCUUGGUGGUUCCAGUGUACUCAACACAAUGCUCUACAUCCGCGGCAAUAAGAGAGAUUUUGAUCAAUGGGAACAACUAGGAAAUCCAGGAUGGGGAUAUGAAGAUAUCCUUCCGUAUUUUAGAAAAUCAGAAGAUCAGAGAAAUCCCUACUUGGCUGUAAACAAGAGGCAACAUGCAACUGGGGGUUAUUUGACUGUCCAGGACGCUCCCUACAACACUCCACUAGGUAUAGCAUUCCUUCAAGCUGGCGAAGAAAUGGGCUACGAUAUCGUCGAUGUGAAUGGAGAGCAACAGACCGGUUUUGCAUUAUACCAAUUUACAAUGAGAAGAGGAACUAGAUGUAGUGCUGCAAAAGCCUUCCUCCGACCAGUUAGACUAAGGAAAAAUCUCCAUGUUGCCCUAUAUAGCCACGUAACCCGUGUCAUAAUUGAUCCUGCAACCAAAAGGGCCCUAGGAGUGGAAUUCCUACGUAAUGGACAGCACCAUAAAGUUUUCGCUACAAGAGAAGUCAUACUUUCAGCCGGUGCUAUUGGAUCUCCACACUUGCUAAUGCUUUCUGGAGUUGGACCUCCUGAGAAUCUACAAAAAGUAGGAAUUCCCGUGAUUCAUCCUUUACCAGGAGUUGGUCAAAAUCUUCAAGAUCAUAUUGCCGUAGGAGGACUGGCAUUUUUGGUAGAUAAGCCAAUAAGUGUAGUCAUGGGACGUCUAGUAAAUCUUAAUUCAGCUAUUAGGUACGCUGCUACUGAAGAUGGACCGCUAACCAGUAGCGUAGGACUCGAAGCUGUAGGAUUUAUUAGCACAAAAUAUGCCAAUCAAACGGAUGAUUGGCCAGAUAUUGAAUUUAUGUUAACUAGUGCAUCCACAAAUUCUGAUGGAGGUACUCAAAUUAAAAAUGCUCAUGGAUUGACCGAUGACUUCUACAAUGAAGUAUUCAGUGAGAUUAACAACAGAGAUGUUUUUGGAGUCUUCCCAAUGAUGCUCAGGCCUAUAAGUAGGGGUUCAAUUGUGCUUCAUUCCAAAAAUCCUUUAAGACAUCCAUUAUUGUAUCAUAAUUAUCUAACGCAUCAGGAUGACGUCAAUGUCCUGAGAGAAGGUGUCAAAGCUGCUCUAACCCUCGCCGAAACAGUGGCUAUGAAGCAAUUUGGCGCCAGAUUCCACAGUAAACAAUUACCAAAUUGCAAACACUUGCCUCAUUUCACAGACGAAUACUGGGAAUGUGCCAUUCGGCAGUAUACCAUGACCAUCUACCACAUGUCAGGAACGGCCAAAAUGGGACCCUCAUGGGACCCAGAAGCAGUGGUUGAUCCCCAACUAAGGGUUUAUGGCAUUAAGGGACUGAGAGUGAUCGAUGCUAGUAUAAUGCCUGUCAUCACAAGUGGAAACAUAAAUGCCCCAGUUAUAAUGAUUGGCGAAAAGGGUGCAGAUAUGGUUAAAGAACUCUGGCUUCAAGAUACACUUACAGGCUACUACAGAGGACGAAGGCAUCUAAAUGAAACCGAUGAUGCAACUUUCAACGAAACUCUAGAGACAGGUUCCAAUGAAAAUCACUCAGAUGAUUAGUCAUUCCAUAGAGAUUUAUUUUAGGAAACAAAUUUUGUAAAUGAAAUUACUCAUACCCUGCAUUAAAUUAAUUCUACAAUAUUAAUUUAGAGGACACAAUAGAAAUGUAUUUUGUAAAAAAAGAAAUGUGUAAAUAAAUAUCAAGAUUGUGCGAAUAAAGCAAUAAAUUAAAGUAAAU